AUAAAAAUUGAGAAUUCUCUGCUUUUCAUUUUUGGCGAAAUACCAUGGAUCAUGGUUUUCUACAAAGCUCUAAUGAGCAAGCUAAAUCUGAGCUGGCAAGAACCUGAGCAGUAUACCAAAAUUUUGAGGAUAGCAAUAAUUCAUUUUUAGGUCAUCGAGAAUGUUCAGGAAAUUGAUGAAGAUUUCUUGUGUAUAAUAGAGUCAGGGACUCAUUUUCUAAAGCUUGUUGCAUCCUCAAAAUUAAUGGAUCAAACCAGUCAAUCUGAUGAUGAAACUUUAUUGCAGUUUAUGCAAAGGUUUGCUCAAGGACGUGAUCCAAAGAAUGUUGUCAUCCUUGUCAACAGUAUUGAUGCAGCACUGAGAGCCCAAAAGACGCAAAGGGAUAGAAUUUUUAGAGCAGCUGUCCGUAAAAAUAAAGCUGUCCAUUUAAAUUCAGGAGAAGUACUAUCAUACUUUGAUUGUGAGAAUGUUAUGGUAGGACUACAACUUGAAACAGGGUGUAGUGUAAGGUUAUGUAAUUCUCCUGAACUGGUUGCUGAUAUCAUUAUCACUUAUACAAAGGCACUAGCUGACAGACCAUUCAAGAAGGAGGAUUCUUUUUCAUUUCAUGGAGAUUUAGGACCCGGGGCAACAAGAAAAGCUUUGAAGGAAGCAGGCGAUAAGACUGGACUGAUUUGGCAGCAUCAGUUAUUACAGUAUCCUGGAGUAUCAACUCCAGUUGCUUCGGCAAUCAUUACCAAGUACCCUUCACCAUCACAUCUCUUAAAGGCUUAUGGUAACUGUAGUUCACAAAAAGAGGCUGAAUCACUUUUAGAGGACAUACAGGUCAGACGAGGUGCAGGAGUGAUUGCUAGCACUAGAAGAGUUGGAGCUUCCAUUUCAAAGAGGAUUCAUUUUUCAAUGACGUGCAAGCAAGCUUCUGAGUUACUAUCAAACUGAUGAUUUCAAGCAAUAAUUUAGAGGAAUCUAUUCAGUUAAACGUUCUCGUUUUCUUGGUCCAUCUUCAUUUCACUUGUUUUAUUGUCAUCUUUUUCCUCCCUGUGUCUUCUCCAUUCUCUUUGUAUCAC